UACGUUGCUGGGCCAAGGACGCAGGAGGGGCCUGCAGAAUUGAAGGGAGGAACCCUUUAAUAGCGCCGGGAGGCAGGAAGAAAAGAAGGAGAUCGCGGCCAAGUCGGGGUCUGAACUACCCCGCAGCCCGAGGCAGGCGUAGGAUAGCCGCCUUCCGCAGACCCGGCUCUCCCUCUGGAUCCCGCCGCCCGGCUCGGAGAGAAGCGCCGCGCGCCUGGCGGUCGGCGUGGGCGGGGUGCGUCGCCCAAAGGCGAGGGCAGCUUUCGGGCAAGCGCGGGCCGGCAUGGAGGAGAACGAGCAGCGCCUGGGCGACGGAGGUGCCGAGCCGCAGCCGCCGGAGGAGGCCAGCAGCGGCAGCGACGGCGAGGCCAGCCGGAGGAGGGCCCUGCUUGUGCCCCGCGUGCUCCAGGCUCCGGGCAAUCACCCGCACCCGCCGCACCGCAUCACCAACUUCUUCAUCGACAACAUCCUCCGCCCGGAGUUCGGCCGCAAGAAGGACGACGGCAGCGGCGGCGGCAGCGGCGACAACAGCCCGGAGCCGCGGCGGCGGCGACAGCAACAACCGCCGCCUCCGCAGCAGCAGCAGCAGCAGCAGCCACCGCAUCUACUGGGCGCCAGGAGUCCCUCGGCAGCUCCGGCCGCGGGUUCCCUGCCCGAAGGAAGCGACGGCGGCAGCGGCGGUCCCAAGACUGGGGUCCCCGCCAAAAAGGGAAGCGACUGCGGGGACCUCGUCGGAGCCUUGAAGUCCGGUGGCGGCGGGGACCUGUCGCUCAGCUCGGAUUCGGACAGCUCGCAGGCCAGUUCAUUUCCCGGUGGUCAGCCCAUGCUGUGGCCGGCCUGGGUCUACUGCACCCGCUACUCAGACAGGCCUUCCUCAGGCCCCCGAUCGCGGAAACCAAAGAAGAAGAACGCGAGCAAGGAGGACAAGCGGCCUCGGACGGCCUUCACCGCGGAGCAACUGCAGAGACUCAAGGCGGAGUUUCAGACGAACAGGUACCUGACGGAGCAGCGGCGCCAGAGCCUGGCUCAGGAGCUCAGCCUCAACGAGUCCCAGAUCAAAAUCUGGUUUCAGAACAAGCGGGCCAAAAUCAAGAAAGCCACCGGCAGCAAGAACUCCCUGGCCGUGCACCUCAUGGCGCAAGGGCUCUACAACCACUCCACCGCCUCGAAAGACGGCAAGUCCGACAGCGAGUAG